AGGCCCGGCUUCUGCUGUCAAGUAGCUAGGCAGGGCUCCGCCGAGGCUAGGAGGGGCGCCGGGUGCGGAGAUGCGCUCCCAGGUGUUUGCAGCGGAAGAGGGAAACCUGUAGGUUACAGUCCAGCCGCGCGGCGCCGAGGCGAGCAGGAGCACAGAACAGAUAUCCAAUUUGGAUCAUUUCUGAAGCUGAAUUCAGAACAAUCUUAAGGUGUUUACUAUCCAACUGUCAUAAAGCUAAAGCUUUUUUGAAAAAUCAAAACUAACUUCUGCACCUAAGAUGAAAAUGUGGUUGCUGGUCAGUCACCUUGUGAUAAUAUCUUUUACAACCUGCUUAUCAGAGUUUACAUGGUACAGAAGAUAUGGUCAUGGAGUUUCUGAGGAAGACAAAGGAUUUGGACCAAUUUUCGAAGAGCAGCCAAUCAAUACCAUUUAUCCAGAGGAAUCACCAGAAGGAAAAGUUUCACUAAACUGUAGGGCACGAGCCAGCCCUUUCCCAGUUUACAAAUGGAGAAUGAAUAAUGGGGAUAUUGACCUGACAAGUGAUCGGUACAGUAUGGUAGGAGGAAACCUGGUUAUCAACAACCCUGACAAACAGAAAGAUGCUGGAAUAUAUUACUGUUUGGCAUCAAAUAACUAUGGGAUGGUCAGAAGCACUGAAGCAACCCUGAGCUUUGGAUAUCUUGACCCUUUCCCACCUGAGGAGCGUCCUGAGGUCAGAGUGAAAGAAGGGAAGGGAAUGGUGCUUCUCUGUGAUCCUCCCUACCAUUUUCCAGAUGACCUUAGCUACCGCUGGCUUCUAAAUGAAUUUCCUGUAUUUAUCACAAUGGAUAAACGAAGAUUUGUGUCUCAGACGAAUGGAAAUCUCUACAUUGCAAAUGUCGAGGCAUCAGACAAAGGCAAUUAUUCCUGCUUUGUAUCCAGUCCUUCUAUUACAAAGAGUGUGUUCAGCAAAUUUAUCCCACUCAUUCCACAACCUGAACGAACAACAAAACCAUAUCCUGCUGAUAUCGUAGUUCAGUUCAAGGACAUUUAUGCAUUGAUGGGCCAAAAUGUGACAUUAGAGUGUUUUGCGCUUGGCAAUCCCGUUCCUGAUAUCCGAUGGCGGAAGGUCCUAGAACCAAUGCCAAGUACUGCUGAGAUCAGCACCUCUGGGGCUGUCCUCAAGAUCUUCAAUAUUCAGCUAGAAGAUGAAGGCACAUAUGAAUGUGAGGCUGAGAACAAUAGAGGAAAGGAUAAACACCAGGCAAGAAUUUAUGUUCAAGCGUUUCCUGAGUGGGUAGAACAUAUCAACGACACAGAGGUGGAUAUAGGCAGUGACCUCUAUUGGCCUUGUGUGGCCACAGGGAAGCCCAUCCCUACAAUCCGAUGGCUGAAAAAUGGAUACGCGUAUCAUAAAGGGGAGUUGAGACUGUAUGAUGUGACUUUUGAAAAUGCUGGCAUGUACCAGUGCAUAGCUGAAAACACACAUGGAGCCAUAUAUGCAAAUGCGGAGUUGAAGAUCUUGGCUUUGGCUCCAACUUUUGAAAUGAAUCCUAUGAAGAAAAAGAUCUUAGCUGCUAAGGGAGGAAGGGUCAUAAUUGAAUGCAAACCUAAAGCAGCACCCAAGCCAAAAUUCUCAUGGAGUAAAGGGACAGAGUGGCUCGUCAAUAGCAGCAGAAUACUCAUUUGGGAAGACGGCAGCUUGGAAAUAAAUAACAUUACAAGAAAUGAUGGAGGUAUCUAUACAUGCUUUGCAGAAAAUAAUAGAGGGAGGGCUAAUAACACUGGCACUCUUGUUAUUACAGAUCCCACGCGAAUUAUAUUGGCCCCAAUUAAUGCUGAUAUUACUGUUGGAGAAAAUGCUACCAUGCAGUGUGCUGCGUCCUUUGAUCCCGCCCUGGAUCUCACAUUUAUUUGGUCCUUCAAUGGCUAUGUGAUCGAUUUUAACAAAGAGAACAUUCAUUACCAGCGUAAUUUUAUGCUGGAUUCCAAUGGAGAACUGCUCAUCCGAAAUGCCCAGCUGAAGCAUGCUGGGAGAUACACGUGCACUGCUCAGACAAUCGUGGACAAUUCUUCAGCUUCAGCUGAUCUUGUUGUGCGAGGUAAAAACAGAAAAGAUGGAGAGAAAAACAUGGUGGAUCCUUUUCUCCCCGUCUGUGCCAGCCUGCCUCCAACCUGGUGAUCGUUGACACUCACCAUUUGUGUGAAAGCCUUUUUUUCUUUCUUUCUUUUUUUUUUUAACAUAUUAUUCUAGAUUAUACUAAUUUACUCAAUUUUGUAGCUUCUGCAGUUUUCCCUCCCAUCUAGAUCUUAGAGGAUUUUUCCCCCUUUGAAACUUCUAAACAUACUUUUGAGCAGGAAGAUAUUUAAAAAUAUAAUUAUAGCUUCACUAAUAUGAAAAAUGGCUAGUGAACUAACCUAGUACGUCUUAUAAUGGCCAAGUGAAAUUUUUGUGUUUUCAUGUCCUGUUUUUCAUUGAAAUUACAUAUCUCAGAAAUUAGCUCAUUAUCUGAAAAAAAAUUAUGAAGAACUGGUGAAUUAUAAUACAGGAGUAUUGCCACUGAAUGGACUGUUUGAUUUAGCCAAGCAGGUAAUGAACAGUGUUGUUGUCAAAUUCACGAAGGUGUCAUAUUAAUUAGGAUGCAUUCUAAGGAGCAUUACUCCAUUGGUCUUUUGUAUCCUGAUGCCAUAUAUAUAUUCUUUGGCAAGAAUGGAUGAAAAGCAGCAAUAAACAACUCAAGACUGUCCAUGGCUCUGUAGGGUUUUUGGAACAAUUCCUGGGAUUGGGAAGUGAAAAUGGACAGCAUGCAGAGAAAAUUGUUGUCUCAGUAGCAAGGUUUAUGUGAAGAUACCAAGCCGUUAACAGCAUGGAUGUGUAUUUAAUUUUAUUAACUCCUACCAUCAACCUUCUUGGAUCUUUAAUUUGGGCAGGAAAUUUGAGACUGUGACUGGAAGGACUUGAGCAGAAGUGAAAGAUUAAAAUGAAGUAUAUAUAAUUCUUUCUGGGACUGCUUAAAUUUCAUUGUUUCAGAAUACUUUAAUUUUUCCCCUUUGGUCAAAAAGACAUGCUUAAAAUUCUUGUCUCUUUACCAGAAAUAAUUUUGCUCUUAAACAGGUUUAUAUUUAGGUAUAAGGUAUUAUACAAACUUCUCGUUUAGUAGCUCAAGCAACCCCAUCUGUUGUUGGAAGAACUCUCAGGAAAGUUUUGAGGGAUAUGGAUAUGACUCUUAAAUAUAUAUAUAUGUAGUGUUCUUUUUUAAAUAACUCAUUAGUCAUCAUAAAGGAAUAAAAAUCUCUGGCUCAAAAUGUUGUUAAUUUCCAUCUUUUUAAUUUUUUUAAAAAUUUCCACUCUCAAUUAUUGUCACAGAUGGAACUAUCUUAGAAUUUAGAAUAGAGAUCCAGAUCAAUUGCCAUUUUAAUAAGAUAUUUAGAAUUUUUCUGAAACUCUCAUGUACCUGUAAAUAUCAUCAUGGAGAUACGUGCAUGAAUCAUCAUUGUGGGCAUCUUCUUUCACAGACCGUAAUUGAAAGUAUACCACCAAGACCAGAUGGGGAUAUAGUUGUUGGUUUAAAAAAAAAAAUUUAAUGUUUAUUUAUUUUUGAGAGAGAGACAGAGUGUGAGCAGGGGAGGGGUAGAGAGAGAGGGAGACACAGAAUCUGAGCUGUCAGCAUAGAACCUGAUGCGGGGCUCAAACUCACGGGCCAUGAGAUCAUGACCUGAGCUGAAGUCAGACACUUAACCGACUGAGCCACCCAGAUGCCCCUAGGUGGGGAUAUAGCUUUAAAAAAGAAAGAAUAAAAAUUUGAAAGAAAAUCACAUGACAACAAAUGUGCUUUUCCUGUUUCUGGGAAAGGGAGAAUAUUCUUGUUUAAAUAAACUGCAUUGAUAAUAAGUAGAGGUUAUAAAGAUUCAUUGCUCUCCUGUUAGAUUUAUUCUCAUUACGAAUGGAUCUAAGUUCACUUCUCUCAGUGUUAGAGGUUAAAAAACUACCAUGCUCCUAUUAAAUGGUAGGGAUGUUUAAUAUUCACCUUCACCUUAGUAGAGCUUUAAACAUUGACAAGACCCCGUGACAUUGAACUGUGUUUCAGAACAUUAUGUAGAACCAUUGUCUUAACUAAUUUUGAGAACAGAAAUAGGCCUACAAUAAUAAAAGGACUUUAGCUGACACAUACUGGUAAAAAAAGAGGUCGCCCCUCCUAAUAUAACUGAUGUCCUUGUGAUUUUUUUCAAGAUUAUUUUAUUUUAAAAGGGAAGAUAAUUUGUUCUGAGAAGUUUUUGUUUCCUUAACAUUCAAACUUUUCAUUAAAAAUUGCUAUUUUAGUAAAAAAUAAACAAAGAAUCACAGAGUUUUGCGUGUGGUGUUUGCUUUAAUUACUUAAUGGGAAUUACAGGUAGAGAGUAGUGCUAGAUGUGUUUCACGCUUGCAGCAGCUCUGGAACGUGAAGGUUUAUAUUAAAUGUGUGUGCCAUGUGGAAGGGAGUCCCAAAAGGACCAAAAGUUUAGGGUCCGGUUGUUUUGGAAAGUCAGUGUUUAAGAAGAAGAAAGUCCAUUAGUAAUCAGUACUGCCUAAGUGUCAGCACAAACUCAAGCAAUGCACGGGGUGGAGUCAUGGCUGCUGUGCACCCUGUUUAAUUCUGGAGGGUCCCAAUUUCAAAUCUUCUAUCCCAUUUGACUCAUCCUAAAAUGUGUCUCAAUUAUUGAUGGAGACAUUUUAAAAUAUUUUUUUCCUGGCCAUUUUUUCUCAAGUGUCUAAACUCCUUUUCAUAGAAUGUUACUACUUUCCCAAAGAAGAAAUGGCCAAAUUGAUAAAUAGUUGUGUUCUUGCUCAGUUUUUCCUCUGAUUACCUAUGACCAAGAAUUGAGUGGAAAUCACAUCUGUAUUUCGCUCAUACAUAGGUAUUUUUACCUAAAGACACUGGCAAAAUUAAGGAAAGAUUAACAGAUGGCUUUAUGUGAUCAAGAAAAACUGGGGAUAUAUUGAGUAUGAAUUUAUAGACAGCUGAUGUGUUUAUCUUCAUUUAUCUGAGUUAACAGAUCAAGCAAAGAUUUAAAAAGUUAUGGUCAUUGUAUAACAGUUUUGGUCAUUUUUUCUAAAAUAUACACUUGUGCCCAAGAUAUUCAUAUUGUCCCCAACAAGAGAGGUCUCCAAAGAAAGCUCAAUACCAUUUUUUGAAUUUGAUUCUGAUAAUGCAAUAAUUUAAAUCAUCAUGCUAUAGUUAUUGGAAAGUUGGUUUCAUGGCAAAUUGGCUGUGUUUACAUCCUAGCUUUGUCAUUUGCUAGCUGUAUGACUGUGAUCGUUUAAUCUAUCCAUGUCUCUGUUUCCUCAUCUGUAAAGUAGCAAAAAUGAUAGCACCUACAUCAUUGAUGAUGAGAUUUAACAGUGACUUCAAUAUAAUAAGGGCCCAGUAAAAUAUAUUAUUUUUAUUAAAAUAAAAAAUAUAAAAUUUUUAUUCACUAACAUUUUAUGUCAUAUAAAUUUUAUGUUGUUACGAGUUCAUACUUGUUAAAAAAUACAUUAUAUUAUUUAAAAAAACACAGAGAGAUCCAAGAAAACAACAGGGUAAACCUGUCAGUAUUCAGGUAGCUUUUUGGAGGGCUUUUGCAGAUAGGCACCUUCGGGCUGCAGGAUCUAAAUUUCAAAUGGGCCUUUUCUCAUUUUGUGUGAGUUAUGCCAGGACACCCAGUCUCUUGUCCCAAUCUGUACUCUGUUACAAACUAUCUGGGUGACUCUGGCAAUAACCUUUCUAGACUUCUGGAUCCUUUGGUAAAUAUACAGAUAUUCACUUACAUGCACUCUAAAAUGUAUGUGAUCCAUAUUACAUACUGAAAUAUUUUUGUUAUUUGCCUGCAGUCAAUGAUUUCAUAGUUAAGACAUUGAGAACCUGGAGAGAUUUAAGGGUAGGGAGUAUCAAUGUGGCAAAUGAGACUGCAUUGAACCACAGAUGAUAAGAGGACCAUUCUGGAUAUUUCCCACAGUCCUUCUUCACUGGUUGAAAAAAAAAAAAAGAACAAACUUCAGUAAUUGUAGAUUCCUUUUGCCUGACUUUGAAGAACCCACAAUGUUGAAACAUAGCACUAGCAAGGACCUUGACAGACCACUAAUUAUCCCCUAUAGGUGAGAUUUUUAUGGAGCGUUCUCAGGCAGCAAUCUCUGUGAGGGAUAUUUAAAGGCAGAGGAAAAGAAUAUGAGUGAAAAACCAGGAUAGUAAGACAGAGGGUAGUGCAAAUAGAGAAGGAAUUACAUAGUGGCAGCCUCUACCUGAAGAAGUACAGAAAGGUAGGUCCAAGAAAAAUAGUGAUAGAGCACCAUGAUUUUGAAUAGGAGAUAGAGAGUAUUGACACUGAAGUUUGCACUGGAAAUUUUAUCCUAGGAGAAUUUGGUCAGACUGUCUUCAUAAAAACUAAAAACAAAAAGUGUCCUUUAAAAAGC